UAAAACGACGUCGUCGAUGUUUUCUUUUCCAUAAAUUAUGUAUGUAUAAAUUAGAAGCAAAACCCUAGCGCCUUUUUGUAUCCCUGGGUCGGGAGCGUGCUAGCUAGCCUUGAAUCGCUGCUCAAAACUUGUCGUUGCUUGUAUCUUCUGCUUCGAAGAAGUGAGGGAAAAUGAGUCGCGGGGCAGCAACUGGGCCUAAGGGCAAGAAGAAGGGAGCGACCUUCGUUAUCGACUGCGCAAAGCCGGUGGAGGAUAAGAUCAUGGACAUCGCCUCCCUAGAGAAGUUCCUUCAGGAGCGAAUCAAGGUAGGCGGCAAGGCCGGUGCUCUUGGCGAAUCCGUCACCGUUACCCGUGAAAAGAACAAGAUCACGGUCACCUCUGACAGUAACUUCUCCAAAAGGUACCUAAAAUACUUGACUAAGAAGUACUUGAAGAAGCAUAAUGUGAGGGAUUGGCUUCGAGUGAUUGCUUCCAACAAGGACCGAAAUGUUUAUGAGUUGAGAUACUUCAAUAUUGCUGAAAAUGAGGGUGAAGAUGAAGACUGAGGAUUUAAUUCUGUAUCUGGAGGCAUCCUGCAUUAGGCUUAGUUGUUCUAGAGUUUUUUUCUUUUUUUGGUUUUCAGCUGUCUAAUCUGUCCUCUUUUUGGGGACGUUUCAUGAUUGUUUUACUCAAAAGUUGUAUUGAAGUUUUUGCACUGUUAAUUAGAAUCUGGUUGUUUUGUUA